AUGUCCGACACCGUUGCCUUGAACCUCUAUGAAAUUCUGGGAAUCUUGCGACAGUCUUGUGCCGAUUAUGAAGCCGUUACUUUUGCAGAAAUAAAACAGGGCUACCAUUCAGCGUUGUUAGCUCACCACCCGGACAAACAACUACAGCGGGAACAAGGCCACGGCGCUGGUCCCGACGAAGAAAACAUGUCUUUUACCAUCGUUGACGAUAACUCGGGAAUUACCAUUCCUGCUAUUAAGACAGCAUACCGGAUUCUGUCUAAUGCAGAGCGCCGUAAAGAUUAUAAUUCCCAGCUGCGGAUUGGUGGAAACGGAACCGUUCUUACUACACCCCGAGCUGCUUCGGACCAAAUUGAUUUGGACGACAUGAAUUGCCGCGUUGAGAUUGGUCCCGAUGGCGUUUCAGAAACUUGCACAUGGACGCGUAGCUGUCGCUGUGGGGAAUCAGAAGGAUACAUUCUCAACGAGCAGGAUCUCGAGAAAAACGGCCUGGCCUCAAAUUCAAUUACUGUACAAUGUAUUGGAUGCAGCUUAUGGAUAGAGGUGUUAUAUGAAGUCAUGGAGGAAGAGUAA